AUGGUUGUCAACCGUCGUCCUCCACCAGCAUAUACUGCUCCUCCGGAGUCUACAGUCCAUGCUUCUUCUGAAGUCUACAGAGCCAUCUCAAACACCGCCUCAGACGCCUCUCAGAGAACCCUAGAGACAUCUUUCACCAUCCGUCCAUGCUCUGGACAAGCAUGGAUUGUACCAGCUGGACAUGUCUGUCGUCUAACUACUCCAAAAGGCCCUCAAGUGGGUGAUCUGAACAUAUGGAAUGCGAACAACCCCAGAGAGCGACUGUGGGCAGCGCGCACCCGUCAAAUUCAUGCCUCUCACGUAUCCGUUGGAGACCGUCUUUGGUCCAACCUUCCAUAUCUCCGGCCGCUCGUUACCAUCACGGGUGAUUCACUUGGCGGAGGACAGCUCCAUGAAGUGCUCGAUGCAGAGGGUAAGCGGACAAAGGGAUUUGGAACGACGCAAUGGGGAGGACGAGUUCAUGAUCUUCUGGGUACCCGAUGCGAUCCCUACGUGAAUCUGCUGAUGGGUGGCGAGUCCUUCGACUUCCAUUGCCAUUCGAACCUUACCCGCUCUGUACUCCCAUAUGGUCUGACAGAGCUUGAUGUGCACGACGUUCUGAAUGUGUUCCAGGUAACUGGGCUGGAUGAAGAAGGUAAAUACUUUAUGGAAACUUCCCCGGCGAGGCCAGGAGAGUAUUUCGAGUUCUUCGCCGAGGUCGAUGUCCUGUGUGCACUUUCAGCGUGUCCUGGUGGUGAUUUGUCCAACUGGGGUUGGGAGGAAAAGGGUGAGAACAUGGGAGCUACUACCCGUCCGCUUGGGGUAGAGGUGUACAAAUUGACUAACCCCAACAUCCUGGAGAACUGGAAGGAGCCCGAACCUCCUAACAUUGUGGCUUUUAAGGUGGAAAUUAUCGUGGAGAGUGAUUUGGCUAUUGGUGGUGAUAAAUCCCGCAAACGGGCUGUUCGUCCACGAGCGUCACCCGUUGGUCAGAACUUCAACCCAGCCGCUCCCUGCACUGGGAUGGACGAAAACCGGGAUUUUGAAAAAGGCGCUAUAGUACAGAAGAGUCCGGAACAUGAUGUACAACAAUCACACGAUGACAUUUACAAUGUCCGGCCUUGGAAUAGCCCUCUGGAUAGACUCCAGAGUGCAGUAAGCACACUGGGCGAGGCCGAUGAGGAUCCCGGACUACGCAAGCCAGGAGAUUAUAAACAACCCCAGGUUUUCGGGGGAAGGAUGCUUUUCUGGCUCGCCUAUCAAUCAAUUGGUGUUAUAUACGGUGACAUUGGUACCAGCCCUCUCUAUGUUUACUCGUCAACAUUCAGUGAGGCACCUUCCCGUCAAGAUCUCAUUGGGGUGCUCUCCAUAAUUAUCUGGAGCCUGUUCAUGAUGGUGACGGUCAAGUAUGUCUUGGUUAUUCUUCGAGCAGAUAAUGACGGCGAAGGAGGCACGUUCAGCACAUAUUCCUUGCUGAGCCGUUAUAUGAACAUUACCAACCGUGACCCAAGAGAGGCCUCCCUGGUCCAAAUGAAAAGACACUUAACGGAUGAACUUGAACGAACAAGCAGACAUGUACGUCAUCGACUCGAGUCAAGCAGCGUUGCGAAACGCCUUCUCAAAGUCAUGGGAGUAUUGGCGGUUACCAUGGUCCUUGCAGAUGGCCUCCUUACACCAGCUCAAUCAGUACUAGGAGCCGUCCAAGGGAUUGAAGUAGUAUCGCCCAACAUUUCGAAAGGCACCAUUAUAGGAGUUACUGAUGCUAUCUUGGUCAUCCUGUUCCUAAUUCAACCGCUUGGUAUUACCAGGCUUACAUUUGCUUUUGCACCCAUUGUCAUCAUAUGGCUCGGGUUCAACGCUGCUUUUGGCAUAUACAACCUUGCCAAGUAUGACGCUGGUGUCUUCAUAGCAUUCAACCCUGGGUACGCCUUCAGUUUCCUGGCCCGGCAUGGCGAGGAGGGUUGGAGGAUGCUCAGCGGAACGUUGCUCGCCUUCACUGGAGUCGAGGCUCUCUUCGCAGAUAUUGGAGCCUUCAGCAGAAGAGCUAUACAGAUUAGCUGGUUAGGUUACGCCUUUCCAUGCUUACUCUUGGCUUAUAUCGGACAAGCAGCCUAUAUUAGUGUGCAUCCAGAAGCAUAUUCGAAUCCAUUUUUCAACGCCGCACCACCGGGGACUGUCUAUCCUGCGUUAGUCAUUGCAAUUCUAGCUGCCGUUGUUGCUUCUCAGGCCAUCAUAACGGCGACCUUUCAGAUCAAAGUCGUCCAUACCUCAGACAUCUUUCACGGCCAGCUUUACAUUCCGAUAGCGAAUUGGCUCCUUAUGGUUGGAACAAUACUUAUAGCUUCCAUCUACAACAAUACCACGUCUCUGGGUAACGCGUACGGUGUCUGCGUUAUGUUCGUCACAUUCUUCGACACAUGCAUGGUAUCGUUAGCAGCUAUGUUUGUGUGGCGUAUUAGCCCAUUCAUCGUGCUAUUCCCAUGGCUCAUAGUUGCUUGUCUGGACGGUGCCUAUCUCUCUUCCGCUCUCAUGAAGGUCCCCACUGGCGCCUGGUUUACCCUCGCACUUGCUACCGUGUUGGCCAUUCUAUUUCUAAUAUGGAGAUUUGGGAAAGAACAGCAAUGGUUUGCCGAGGCUGAAGAUCGCUUUCCCACCUCACACUUCGUCUCCAAAGGUCCAGAUGGCCAAACACGUCUUACCGAUAGAUAUGGAAAUACCCCAUUGAGUAUAACAAAAGGUCUCGGGAUAUUUUUUGACAAGGCCGGGGAGACCACCCCAAUCGUGUUCAGUCAGUUCAUCCUCAAGCUUACCACCAUGCCUGCUGUAAUAACCUUCUUUCAUCUACGCCCCCUCGAAACACCGUCGGUGGCAGCGGAAGAUCGCUAUACGGUUUCCAGGCUUGCGAUCCCUAACUGCUACCGUCUUGUUGUUCGCUAUGGCUACAACGACGAGAUCAUCACACCUGAUUUAGCGAACACAAUCACUCAGCAGGUCCGCAGGUACCUGAUUGCAAGAGCUUGUGAUCAAACUGACCCAUCCACAUGUACACCUGACACAGUCACAAACAAGAGCCAUGCUAGCUCUGUACAGCGGUCUACAACACCUGUAACCGGGGAGUCCUCGAUAGUAGGCGGGGGGCGAUAUGAUACUUCAUUGGCAAAUCUCGAAGACGCCUAUAACCAUGGAGUCAUAUAUAUCACCGGUAAGGAGCAAAUGAGGAUCAAGAAGAGUAAAAAUUACGCUCGGAGAUUGGUCUUAUGGAUCUUUUUGUGGAUCCGUGAGAAUACAAGAGCGAAAAUAGCAUCUCUUGGACUAGCAACGGAGAAGGUUAUUGAAGUUGGUUUUCUCAAAGAUAUAUAA